CCGGGACGGGCAGCGAGCGCGACGUCGAGCCGGUUCCCGGAGCCCACGGCCCCGCCAUGGACGACCUCGACGCCCUGCUGGAGGACUUGGAGUCUACCACCUCUCACAUCUCUAAGCGGCCUGUGUUCUUGUCGGAGGAGACUCCCUACUCCUACCCAACUGGAAACCACACAUACCAGGAGAUUGCUGUGCCACCCCCUGUCCCUCCACCCCCGUCCAGCGAGGCCCUCAAUGGCGCACUCCUUGACCCCUUAGACCAGUGGCAGCCCAGUGCCUCCCGAUUCAUCCACCAGCAGCCCCAGCCCCUGCCGCCCGUGUACGGCUCCAGUGCCAAAACGUCCAGUGCCUCCAUCCCCCAGGACGGCGGCGGCCCUCCGUGUCCCCGAGCCGGUGAGGAGGAGCACGUCUACAGCUUCCCCAACAAGCAGAAGUCGGCUGAGCCUUCACCCACUGUGAUGAGCUCCUCCCUGGGCAGCAACCUUUCAGAACUUGACCGCCUGCUGCUGGAGCUGAACGCAGUGCAGCAUAACCCCCCAGGCUUCCCUGCAGAUGAGGCCAACUCAAGCCCCCCGCUGCCUGGGGCUCUGAGCCCUCACUAUGGCAUCCCGGAGAAUAACAGCCUGCUGGGGAUCAAAGCUGGGCCCCCGAUGAAAGAGAAGCCCAAGCGGAACGGGGCCCGGGGCCUGGAGGACGUGCGGCCCAGCGUGGAGAGUCUCCUGGAUGAACUGGAGAGCUCCGUGCCCAGCCCCGUCCCCGCCAUCACUGUGAACCAGGGCGAGAUGAGCAGCCCUCAGCGAGUCACCUCCAGCCAGCAGCAGACACGAAUCUCGGCCUCCUCUGCCACCAGGGAGCUGGACGAGCUGAUGGCCUCCCUGUCGGACUUUAAGACCAGCUCCUCUACUGUGGCCUUGAACUCACUGUUGCCCAGCUCAGCUCCAUCCUCACACCACACACUUCCUUCUCCUCCUCCUCCUCCCGGGCCCUCUGUAGUCUUGCCAUCCAUUAUUAAACCCUCCCCUGGAGGCCAUGGUCACACUCCGGAGGUCCUUUGCAUAAAAAAUAAUGAUAAUGGACAGGACCUUCUACCUCCUGUGGCUCCUAGCUGGCUUGAUUUGGCUGGCCUUGGGGUCACACCUGACAACCCCAACUCUUCCUCUGUGGAGGGUUCUCUGGGGCCAUCUGGUGCAGAGAGCCAGGCUCGAGGUAGGAGGGAUGGACUAAACCUCACGAGUGAGCUCUCCAGGGCUCCCCCAGGCCACAUUCCACCCAGAGCUGGGUAUGUAGGUCCCCAGGAGCCUGAAGGCCCCCAAGGGCUGUCAGCCAACCCUGUGUACCCAGAGGAGGCCUCGGCUGCCACAUGGGAGCAGCCGUGGGCUUUGGAGGCGCUCAGGCCUGAGACUCCCUGCAGAGCUACACCCAACUUCCAGGAAGUAACCGAGCCAGCCGUCAUGGCCGUAGACCGUCAGAUCGUCUUCCCAGAUACCUGGGGUCUCACGAAGGGACGUGGACAGCUGAGGGAGAGGGCCAGGCCAGAGCCAGCGGGGCCGGAGAGCAGCUGCCCUGCUCCGGGUGACCAGGAGCAGUUAGGUGGAGCGAUGCCCAUGAAGGGAAGCCUGGUCAGGCCAUUCCGGGGGCCCGAGAUACCCAGGAGGCCAGAGGGCACCACUGAAGCCACUGCUGAGACCAAGAGGGAACAGCCGGAGCUUCCACAGGCCAUGGUCAUGGACACGCUCAAUACCACCGAACGGAUUUCCACCUCUGGCCAGAUCCGCUCAGUGAUCAGGAGGAGCCGCGAGACAGGCCACGCGCACCCCAUGUCCCGGGAGCCCUCCCCUCGCCGCCGGCUGGACCCCGCCACCUUGAGCAGGACCCCAUCCCAGGAGCGGCUCAUCGCAGAGCUGCAGGGUCGGCUGGGCAUCCAGCCGGAGGCAGAGGAGGCUGCAGGGCCAGCGGGGGCCUCCACCGAGGACUGGAUGACCGAGGGCGUCGUCAUUACUGUGCAGCCUCGAGGGAGGCGGGCUGAGGGGCAGCUGGUAGAGAAGGUUGUUUUCCCUCCUGGCUCUCCCAUUCCUUUGAGAAGAACCUUCUCUGUUCUGCCUUCUCCUCCUCCUGUCCCUUUACUCCAGCAUCACAGAGAUGGCAUGGCCACCAGCUCUUCUCCCCCACGCAGCCUGCCUGCCCACUCCACCCUGGGGCCCUCAGUUCUUCCCUGUGGGUCUCCUGGGGUCCAGAGUGCUGGGGCAGGGCUGCAGGAAGAACAUGUGCAGGGGCCCACCUCUCUCCUUUCUGCGCCCCACACUGCGAGGUCGGUGGGCUGCCAGACUGACGAGGACCCGAUGUUCCCCCCGAUGCAGAUCCAGGGCCUGGAACAAAGAGCGGACGGAGAGCUGUGCUGGGCGGCGGGCUGGCCUCCGAAUGGCAGGCAGCGCAGUCCCGAAGGGCAGGACGAGGGAGGGUUCAUGGCCCAGGGGAAGCCGGGGAGCAGCUCUCCCCCUGGGGGGCCCCCAAAGCCUGGGAGCCAGCUGGACAGCAUGCUGGGGAGCCUGCAGUCCGACCUGAACAAACUGGGAGUUGCCACAGUCGCCAAAGGGGUCUGCGGGGCCUGCAAGAAGCCCAUCGCUGGGCAGGUUGUGACGGCCAUGGGGAGGACAUGGCACCCCGAGCACUUCGUCUGCACCCACUGCCAGGAGGAGAUCGGGUCGCGGAACUUCUUUGAGCGGGACGGACAGCCCUACUGUGAAAAGGACUAUCACACCCUCUUCUCCCCGCGCUGCUACUACUGCAACGGUCCCAUCCUGGAUAAAGUGGUGACAGCCCUGGACCGGACGUGGCACCCCGAGCACUUCUUCUGUGCCCAGUGUGGCGCCUUCUUCGGUCCUGAAGGGUUCCACGAAAAAGAUGGCAAGGCCUACUGCCGGAAGGAUUACUUCGACAUGUUCGCGCCCAAGUGCGGCGGCUGCGCCCGGGCCAUCCUGGAGAACUACAUCUCAGCCCUCAACACCCUCUGGCAUCCCGAGUGCUUCGUGUGCCGGGAAUGCUUCACGCCGUUCGUCAAUGGCAGCUUCUUCGAGCACGACGGGCAGCCCUACUGCGAGGUGCACUACCACGAGCGGCGCGGCUCGCUGUGCUCCGGCUGCCAGAAGCCCAUCACGGGCCGCUGCAUCACCGCCAUGGCCAAGAAGUUCCACCCAGAGCACUUCGUCUGUGCCUUCUGCCUCAAGCAGCUCAACAAGGGCACCUUCAAGGAGCAGAACGACAAGCCUUACUGUCAGAACUGCUUCCUCAAGCUCUUCUGCUAGGCGCCCUCAUCCCUCCGGCUGCCCUUCCCCUGGCCCAGCCUCCCUAACUGCUACUGUGACCCAGAGGCCUCGCCCAGGGCUGAAGGGCCAAGCCCCACUGAAACUGGAACUCGUGUCCUUGGCUGUGCAGGGUGGCAAGAGGGCCUCAGAGGGUCCCGCCUGCUUUUCCGCCUCUGCCAGAGCCCCUGGGCCUCCCCUCCUCCCGCAGCGGCACCCGGGCCGCCAGCUCCUUAUCCUCCCCAGAGAUGGGGCUGGAGGACUCCACCCACACACCUGCCUGGCCAGGCCAGCACCCCACACUGGAGCCAUCUCUUACUCAUAUUUUGGCAGUGGAGCCAGGGGGAGGGCAGGCAGAGUCAGAUGGGGUCUCUUUUUAUCUUUAUUUCCGUCCGACUGAAUUAUCCUUGUUCCGAGAGUAUUGGGGGACACCCGCUCCCUCCAGACAAUGCCAGCAUAAAUCCAUCCAUCCAAAGGUUGAAGUGCCCAGGGGCCACGGAAGGCUCCUUGUGCUCCUCCUGUCCUUCCAGUCUUCCCAGGCCUGGGUGACUGCCCCCUGCCCCCAUAACUGCUCUGAUUCUACUGAGACAGGCCUCUCCAGCAAUAAUGUUUUAUAGUCACUUCCUCCGUCUCCGGGGACAGCGUGAGGUGCGGCGUUUCACCUCGUGCCUGGACACUGUAUCUACUUUGAUAGAUUUCUACACUGAGGUUUGAAUUCGUAUUGUCUGAGUUGCUUUUACUUCUCUAUACAAAAUGAUUUUGAAGAUAUUUUAAAGACAUCCCCUUUUGUACUCUCCCCUUGUCCGCCGCCACUGGUCCUGUGGGUGAUAGUGGCCGUGGGACAGGGUUUGCCUUGUACUGAGGGCUUGGGGUAGGGAAGCCAUUUGUAUUUUAUUUUUUCUUAGCCUAAGCAGGUGAAGUGGGAGCAGCUCUGAGAUUCCCCUUCUUUAACUUCAUGGCUCACCAGGACUGUUUUAUAAACUGCUGUAUUUUUAAACCCCUUCCUCAUUACCCAGGCCAGCAAGCUCUUAAGCGAAAUUGGCCUAAGGGUGUCUUGGCCUUUUGGGCCUAGGAUUCUGAACCUCAUCCAUCCUAUUCCCUAGGGAGGAGAAGGGGAAGUAUGUUUUGGGGGUGCUGUUACCUGUCUUAGCCAUUAGGAGCAUCUGCUCCCCUGUGAACUCUUUGGUAUCGAAAAGAACCCGCUGAACAUUCUCGGCCUCCUCACUGCUUCUCUGGGGCUCCUUCUGCCUCCUCAGGAAAGCUGGUAUCUGAUUUUGACCAUUGGUUUUAUCGAUUCCACUGGGCUCAUCACUUUCCCAAAUGUCCUGCCCUCCUUGGAAACCGGCGGUCUGAGGAAAAGGGCCCAGGUUGUUGCGAAGGAGCCUGAUAGGAUUCUGGCAGAGGGACAGGAUCCUGCUGAAGCCAUGGAAAGUCUCCAGAGCUUUCUCCCCAAGGAUGAAACAGGAGCAGGCAGGCCUGGGGUUUCUGGUCAGUAAAGAGGGGCCCCAAUGGGGUCUAAAGUGAGUAAGAUCCAGACCACUCUGUUAGCCUCAUAGCAAAGGCUGAGUGUGCUGGGGUCAGGCGGGGGUCCCUCCUUUGUGGCAGGGCUGGGAGCAGCCAGGUCUGGAGAGGUCAGCCAGGCCCCUUCAAAGGUCUGAGAUCUCCACUUCCACCCAUAGGCCUUAUUGCUCUGUUUACAGUGACCCGCCCCAGACCCCUCCCCUAGAGGGACGGGUUUCUGGGGUCCACCCUCUGGGUCAAUGGUUAUUUGAUGAAUUGAUUUUAAUUUUUUUUUCUCUAAACUUUUAACCUGGCUUUUCCUCAUUUCGAUUCCUGUGAUUUAUGCCAAUAAAGUUUGCCAUUAUUUUGA